UGGAAACUUCGACGACCCGUUGCAAGAAAAUCAUGUCGUCGACGCCGCGAAGCCGCGGCAGUCUGUCGAGCAGCAGGAAAAGCCGGGCGAUGAUCCUUCCAUCAGCAUCAGCACUCUUCCUCACGGAGGUGCAAGUGAACGACGCAGGACAAGAUGCUGGGGACGACGACGAGCGUCUCGAGCACGAGUUUCGGUCGAACCCGCUCACGUCGUACUACAAGAGCGACCCAGAAAAAGGGUUCACGAUGGACAUCAUGAUGAUGAUCGACAUGGCCAAGGUCGGAUCGUUGCGCGAUGAGUUCCAGCAAAAGGAGCGCGGUCUGUCUGUGGGCGAAUUUGUCCACGUGAUGCUUCGGUUCGUCAAGGGCAGCCGGAACGCCACAGACGACAAGUCGCAUCUCCACCAGCUCACCGAGCCCCAGCUGGUCGCGUACUUGUGCGAGCUGUUCGCGCAAAUCGACAUCAAUGGCGACGGAUCCAUGGAGUGGGAGGAGUUCACGUCGUUCAUCGUGGACACUGGCCUCGAGAGCCAGCAGCCCAACUCGAUCCAGAUGUACCACCACUCGACGUGGGAGGACACGUCCAAGCACAGCGCGACGAUCGACCGCAUGUACUACUUUCCCGCCAACGACCGCCUCGCCGUGUGUGAAUAUGGGACGCAGAACCUCAAAAUAUAUGACUCACGGUGUGAACUCCAGCGAGUGAUCAAGUCGCCCGACGGGUUUGUGCUUUGUGCAGAGUACAUUGACAAGCUCAAUCAGUACGUCGUGGCGUCAUCCGACCUCCAGCUACGCUUUUACGACGACACAAGUUACCGUUUGAUCAAGAGCUGCCACACCCCCACGUCUCAAAAUUGUUUGCGAUGGUAUACCCAAUCCAACAUGCUCUUCUCUGCCAGCGCCAGCGGCAUCAUUUACGCCUGGGAUGCCGACAGGAUGGAAGAGAAGCAUCACAUGGGCGGCAUCGGGCGCGACGGCCGCGUACUGACCCGGUCGCACGACGGCAUUGUGUUGGACUUGCUCAAUCUGCCUACGCUGGAAACCCUGGCGUCCGCCAGCAUGGACAAGACCGUGCGGCUAUGGGACGUCAACACGGGCAAGCACAAGCAGCAACUAGAUGGACAUUUGAAAGGCGUGAGGUCUCUGGCGUACUCGGCCGAGUAUCGGUUCCUCGUGUCUGCGGGCUUUGACUUUGACGCGUUUGUGUGGAACCCGUACGUCGACCAGCUCAUUCUGCGGUUGCACGGACACCAAAACUCGCUCUGUGGCGUCGAAAUCAUCCCCGACACCCCCCAGAUUAUCACGGCCGACAUCGGCGGUGUCUUCAAGGUGUGGGACAUUCGCAAUUUUGCGUGCAUGCAAACAUUCACGGCGGAAAAUGCCAACAUGAGCGACAUCAAGUCGUUCGUGUCGGUGACGUCGCACAAGCGUCUCGUGGCUGGCGGCAAACGGAUGACGUUGUUCGACUACGAAAAGCUGCGCAACCCCAAGCUCACCGACGACUUUCCCGUAUUUCAAGCAUUGUUCAACCCGAUUUCGCUCACGUUUAUCACGGCCGCGGGUACGGACAUCAAAAUUUGGGACGCCAAUUUGGGCAAACUCCUUCGCAUUUACAAAGCGUUGAGCAGUACAGACUUGACUGCAAUGUGUUUGGACAACCGCAGCCGCAAGUUCAUCGUGGGCGACCACGACGGCAACAUCAAAGUAUACGACUACCUCAACGGCAUGUACAUGAAGUGCUUUGCAUACCCCGACACGGACAACAAGGCGCACGUGGCCGAAGUGUCGCGGCUGUACUAUUGCAACGAAUACCGCACCGUGAUUAGCACAUCAUGGGACACGAGUGUGUGCAUUCACGACGAAAGCGACCCCGAUCGGGGCAUUUUGCUGCGGAGGAUGACGGGCGGACACACGGGGGACAUCACAAGCGUCGCGUUUUCAUACAACUUGUCGCUUAUCGCGACGGGGUCGCUCGACUGCACAGUGCAGAUCUGGGACUACGAGUUUGGCCGCUUGGACGCGACGUGCGUUGGCCACACGAGCGGAGUCGCGGGGAUCGUGUUCUUGGACCCGUACCCGCUCCUGGCAUCGUGUGACCUCGGCGGAAACAUUGCGAUUUGGGCCAUGCGUCCGUCCAAGUACAAGGGGAAAUGCGUGUGCCGCUUCCGCCUGCACAACCCGUGGGCGUCCAAGCUCGUGUCGAAUCCGCACUUGGUCGCCGUGACCACGCACAUUCAACGCACAGACACCAAGCCCCCCCCCCCGUUUGCUCCGUGCGAUCCCCCCCCCGCCGCAUCCGCACCAACCCCCCCGUCCAUGUCAGCAACCGCGUCCAUCGAAGCGUACUACCUCGUCGGUGGUGACGACAAGGGCGGGUUGAGUGUAUGGAACCUCCUCCCCGUUCUCAAGCGGCUCGAAACCGAGUUCCAAAUACUUCCCGUGGAAAAGCGAGUCGACUGCGCCAACCCGCAGCGAAACCUGCGGGUGCACGCGACGGAGCUGGUCAAGAAGAAUAGGGAGGGCGUCGAGUGGCAGGCGUAUGUGAACCGGGAGCCGCAGUGCACGUUCUACUUUGAACCGCAAUCGAUGAUGCCGCUGAUCUACCUCCCAACGACCCUCGACUGCGCCUACCAGUGGCAAGCCCACAGCGACGCCGUGUACUCGGUGCAGGUGAUCGUCGACAAUGCGAGUGUGACGCUGCUCACGGCGUCCUACGAUCGCCUCGUCAAGGUGUGGACGCUCACAGGUGGCUGCCUUGGGUCGCUCACCCAAGGCGACAUGGAGCUGGCCCGGCAGCCGUACUCGUUUCCAAUUGACUACCCCUCGCGUGAACUGGACAAGCUGCGAAAUGCCAAAGCUGUGAUCAAGGAAGCGCGACACAUGCAGCAAGAAGAAGACCGCCGGUCGGUUCUUGCUACCAAGAAGCCAGCGGCGAAAGUGCCGGUGGAAGCCACCGCCGACGACGACGGAGCCGAGUACUUGUUUGAGCCAACAACCACGACCACCCUGCCACCCAUUCAAAAGGCACCUCGGGGACAGAUGACGUCGUUCUGGGCAUCACGAGGGCGAAAGGGCGCCAAGAACCGCGUCAAACCUGUCGACCAAAAGCACGCGGGCAGGUCGUUUCGAUCGCUCUUAAAAAAAGGAUAAAGAUCACUAUACUAACUCUA